CAGUGUUGUUGGCGCCACAGCUGCGACGACAACGACGUUUGGUGUUUUUAAUUUGGAAAUUCAGUUUCAGUUUCGGUCUCAGUUUAGACGCGAUACCUCAGAGCUGUCUGAUUCCCCAGAUCAACAUAGAAAACAAAAAUAUAAAUAAUAAACAGAGCAAUGUGACUCUGCAAGUAACAAAGUAUAUUUGCAAUCAAAUAAAAAAGUGAACAACUAAAAACUUACUAAAAAGAGACAACAAAAAAAAAAGUUAAAGAGUGAGAGAGAGUGCGACAAGUUUGCAAAGAAUUGUGAGCAAGAAACCUGAUGGCAACAACAGCAACCAAAGCCGCCGCAGCAGCUGUAGCCGCCGAGCCAGGCGCACCCAGCAGCAGCAGCAGCAAUAAUAACAACAACAGCAGCAGCAGCAGCAACAACAACACUAAUAAUAACAACAACAACAAUAUAAUAAGUGCGCCCAUCAAAAUACCCUUGAGCGAACGUUUUUCGACACAAACUUCAACGGGCUCGGCCGAUAGCGGAGUCAUUGUUACCAGCGCCUCACAGAAGCAACUUUGCAGCGGCGGCUCGCAGACCACAUUGCUGCAACUGCAACAGUUGCCGGUGCGCAGCAGCAGCGUCUCGCUGAGCCAGCAAGGACCCCUGCCCAAAUGGCGACAGCAGCAGCAACAGCAGCGACAACAGCAACAACAACAGCAGCAGCAGCAACAGCUGUUGCUGAGUCAAGACAGCGGCAUUGAGCAGCGCGGCGGUGGCAGCGGCAACGCUGGCAGCGUGGGCGCAGGUCAAUCAAACAGCAGCAGCGAAUCGUUGGGCAGCAGCGGCGUCGGGCAGCAGACACGCGCGGCCUCCGCGCUGGAGCUGAGCAGCGUUGGUGUUGGCAGCAGCAACAUUGCUGCGGGAAAUGCGCUGCGUCGCAUUAAAUACAAAAGCACAAAUAGCACUGGAACGCAGGGCUUCGAUGUGGAGGAUCGCAUAGAGGAGGUGGACAUUGCCGAUAUGGACGAUGACGAUGAGGAGGAGGAGGUGGACGAUGGCGUUGCUGUCGAUGUGGAUGAGGAGGAUAAUCAAUCGGGCAUUAUUAUCAACAUUGGUUCGCAUACGGAUGAGUCGUCGUCCCAGCUGAAGUCCUCAUGGCCAUUGCCCACUGUGCUGGAGCAGCUGCCGCUGGAGCUGGCGCCGCUUACGGUUGCCGCUGCGGCGGCCAAAAAGCGCGACAUACGCAGCUUGGGCACCGACGGUCACAUCUACUUUCCGCUGCUGAAAAUCAAUGAGGAUCCCAAUAUCGAUGCCAAGCUGAUCAAUCGCAAGGAUGGACUGCAGGAUACGAUGUACUAUUUGGACGAGUUUGGCAGUCCGAAGCUGCGCGAGAAGUUCGCACGCAAGCAGAAACAGCGACAGGCCAAGCAACAGAAGGCGCUGCUCAAGCGCGAGCGUGAGGAUCAGCGCAAGAAGCGCAACACGACGGUGGCAUCCAAUUUGGCUGCCAGCGGUCUCGAUACCAAAGAACAAACAACAGCAACAGCUAACUGUGAUAAUUAUUUAACUUUGAACAAACCGUCGUCGACACAGCAGCAAGACUCGCAGGACGACACCGGUGCUGGUGGUGGUGAUCGAGUCGUCAAGAUGCGUGUGCGCAGUCAUAGUCAUGAUAAUCAUUAUGAUCGCCGGCAUUCGGAUGAUCGGCAGGAUGCUGGUUAUGUAGCGGGCGAUGAUGAUGAGGAUGAUGAUGUCGAUUUGGAAUUGGAGGGGGAUGAGAUUGAGACGGGCGCUGAGGCGACCCAGGAUAAUACUGAUUGUUGCGAGAAUGUAAAGACUGCUCAUAAAUUGGCUAGAACCCAAUCCUGCGUUAGUUGGACCAAAGUGGUGCAAAAAUUUAAGCACAUCUUAGGCAUGAGACAGUUGAUCGGUAAAUUGAAUGAUUUGUGGCCCGAGCAUAGCGUCGCAUUGUCCAUUCCAAAAGAGGUCGAUAGGAGCAAGGAGAAACUUGAGGGUGCCUGGGAGACAACAGGUCGUGAUGGUUCCAAAAUUACAACAGUGGUUGCAACUCCCGGUCAAGGGACCGAUCGGGUGCAAGAAGUUUCCUAUACAGACACAAAAGUCAUUGGCAAUGGCAGUUUCGGUGUCGUAUUUCAGGCGAAGCUCUGCGAUACCGGCGAGCGUGUUGCAAUCAAAAAAGUUUUACAAGACAGACGCUUUAAGAAUCGCGAAUUGCAAAUAAUGCGCCGAUUGGAGCAUUGUAAUAUUGUAAAGCUUUUAUACUUUUUCUAUUCGAGUGGUGAAAAGCGUGAUGAAGUAUUUUUGAAUUUAGUCCUCGAAUAUAUACCAGAAACUGUAUACAAAGUGGCACGUCAAUAUGCCCGAACUAAGCAAACGAUACCAAUCAACUUUAUACGGCUCUACAUGUAUCAGUUGUUCAGAAGCUUGGCCUAUAUUCAUUCGCUAGGCAUUUGCCAUCGUGAUAUCAAGCCGCAGAAUUUACUGCUCGAUCCGGAAUCGGCCGUACUGAAGUUGUGCGAUUUUGGUAGCGCCAAGCAGCUGCUACAUGGCGAGCCAAAUGUCUCGUAUAUCUGCUCUCGAUAUUAUCGUGCACCCGAGCUAAUAUUCGGCGCCAUUAACUAUACAACUAAGAUUGAUGUAUGGAGCGCUGGUUGCGUGCUAGCUGAACUGCUACUGGGACAGCCCAUAUUCCCAGGCGACUCUGGUGUCGAUCAGUUGGUUGAAGUGAUUAAAGUUUUGGGCACACCGACAAGAGAACAAAUACGCGAAAUGAAUCCAAACUAUACGGAAUUCAAAUUUCCACAAAUUAAGAGUCAUCCAUGGCAGAAAGUUUUCCGUAUACGCACUCCGCAAGAAGCUAUCAACUUGGUGUCCCAGCUGCUUGAGUAUACGCCCAGCGCUCGCAUCACACCGCUUAAGGCCUGCGCACAUCCGUUCUUUGAUGAUCUGCGCCAGGAGGUCAACCAGAAGUUGCCCAAUGGACGCGACUUGCCGCCACUCUUCAACUUCACAGAGCACGAACUUUCGAUACAGCCCAGCUUAGUGCCACAGUUGUUGCCAAAGCAUCUGCAGAAUGCAGCAAACACAGCUGCCGUCAAUCGUGCUUCGGCCGGUGGCGCAGCAACCACCGCUGCGGCCAGUGGCUCCACCAGCGUCUCGUCAACAGGCAGCGGCACAUCGGCGGAAGGCGUUGCUCAGUCACAGAGCCAAGCGAACGCAGCAGCGGCUACAGCAGCGGGAGCUGCCGGCGCAGCAGCAGCAACCGCCGCAGGCACAGCAGCCAGUGGUGCCGCAGCUGGCGGCGCCUCCGCCGCCGUCCAGGGCAACAAUAGCAACAACAGCAGCAGCGGCGGUAGCGCUUCAGCUGCGCCAACUGCCGCAUCCACGGCUAACAAUGCGCAGUCUGCGAAUGCGUCCGCCGCUGCUGGCGCUGCCAAUGCAGGCGGCGCAAAUGCCACAAGCAAUGCUGGUGGCAACAACAUAACAGGCUCGCAGUCGAACAGCGCCUUGAACAACAGCGCUGAUGGAGAUGCCAAAGCAGCUGCUGUCAGUGAUGAUGGCGGCGGCAGCGCUGGCAACGGCAGCGCUGGUAGUGGCAAUGGCAGCGGCGAAAACAAUGGCGACGCCGGCGCCGCCGCCGCCGCCGCAGCAGCCGAGGCCGAACAGACGGCAGCUAGCGCAUCGGGUUAGAAGCGCAGCGCAAUGUUAAACGCGCUCUGUUAAUGUAAAUGUUGUUAUUAACAUUUUUUUCGCUCGCCCCCUCCCCUUAAUACAAUUGGGGCAUUAAUUAAAUCUAACAGCAAAUUAAUUAACAUCAAAAUCUCACACACACAGCCGCAUAUACACACAUACAGC